GACCCAUGACCCGGAAGAAGAAGCUAUUUUCCGCUAGGUAGCGAUAUCUAUUCCUGUGGGCUUCAGCGAACCCCUUUUUCAGCCAUCUUGGAUCUGAAACUUUGUCACAAAAUGCCCAGUGAAGCUACAGAAACUGUUCCGACCCCUGAGCAGGAGAUGCAGCAGCCCCAGGCGGAGACUGUGCUGGCUGCUCCUGCUGCGGCCACUGGAGAGAAGUCAGCUACUACUGCUGAUUCCAAGAAACUUUCCUCUGCUAGUGCUGUGUCCACACCUAAAGCUAAAGAAGCUAAAAGUGGCUCCAAGCAGUCUUCACACUCCUCCUCUGUCUCCAAGCCCAUGCCUGUCACCAGCAAGCCCUCAUCUUCAUUUGCUUCCGACUCCUCUCCCUCCUCUCCCAAGCUGUCAUCCUCCGACGCUCCUGAAGUGUCCCCCCCUGCUCUCUCUACCGCCAUGCCCUCUCCUUUAGUGCCUCCAACUGGUUCUCCUGCUUCUGGUACAGGAACCGCCUCCAUCCCUCAGCCCAAGGUUAUCAAGACGAGUGGGAAGGGAAAGGCUAAAGGUGGCACGGUGCUGGGGGCUAAGGCGGAGAAGCCCAUUGGAAAGGCUCAGUUGACUGGUCCAGCUAAUGUCAUACUUCCUACUUCUCAGGCUCCUGCAGCCAUGCCUGAGGAGGUGCAAGCCAGUCUCCCAGCUUCUGUAAAGCCUGCCAAAAUUGACAUCCCUACACCAGCUUCUGUAAAGCCUGCCAAAAUUGACAUCCCUACACCAGCUUCUGUAAAGCCUGCCAAAAUUGACAUCCCUACACCAGCUUCUGGUCCAGCAGUAGAUAAAAUUUCCUCUCCCAUUUCUGGCUCUGCACCAGCUCCCAUCAGUAACCUCCCAGUAGCUUGUCAGUCACUGGAGAAUUCUCCAUCUGUUGCUCAGUCUCUCUCUACUUCUGUGUCUAAAUCUGACCCCCUGCUCUCCUCUAAGAGUGCUGCUGACCCUGUAGCUGUAGAGGUGACCCCUCAGGCUCCCACUCUGGCUCCCACUCUGGCUCCCACUCUGGCUCCCACUCUGGCUCCCACUCUGGCUCCCACUCAGGCUCCUGUUGACACCAAAGCCCUUGGUGUUCCUAAAGCUACCAGUGAAACCCAAAGAGUAGAGCCAGAAUUGUCACCUCGGGCUGACACUGCAAAUUCAAAGGAGUGUCAAGCUGUUCCAGGUGACCUUCCUUCCUCCAGGAAGCCACCUGAGGCUACCCCAGUUAUGGCCAUGCCCCUUCCUGCUUCUGAUGCUGUUCCAGUUCCCCCUGCUACUGAUAAGUCUCCGAAACCCUCUCUGUCUUCAUCUGAUGCAGAGAAAACUCAAUCUGCCAGUGUUUUGCCUCCCCCCUCUGCUUCUGCAAACCUCCCAGUACCCAGUGCUAAAUCAUAUGUUCAACCUCGUGUGCUUCUGGCCCCAGAGGAGGAUGAUGAUCUGCCCCCUCUCAUUCCACCUGAGGAGAAAAUCACUUUACCCACUCCCCCUGUAGUACCCAUAUCCUUCCAUAAACCCCCUCCAGCUACUACCAAACUGGAGCCUGUGAUCAAGAACGAGAAGGGGUCUGGCACGGAGUCCGACAGCGAUGAGUCAGUACCGGACCUUGAGGAGGCAGACUCUGCACAAGUGCAAUCCCAACAGGCACAGCUUGCAGCAGCUGCAGAAAUUGAUGAGGAACCAGUCAGCAAAGCCAAACAGAGCAGAAGUGAAAAGAAAGCACGGAAGGCUAUGUCCAAGCUGGGUCUCCGCCAGGUGACAGGAGUCACCAGGGUCACAAUCCGAAAGUCAAAGAACAUCUUGUUUGUCAUCACCAAGCCGGAUGUCUACAAGAGUCCAGCGUCUGACACAUACAUAGUUUUUGGUGAGGCCAAGAUUGAGGAUCUUUCACAACAAGCUCAGCUGGCAGCAGCAGAGAAGUUCAAGGUCCAGGGAGAAGCUGUUUCAAAUAUCCAGGAGAACACACAGACGCCUACUGUGCAGGAGGAAAGUGAAGAGGAGGAGGUUGAUGAGACCGGGGUUGAGGUGAAGGACAUUGAACUUGUGAUGUCACAAGCCAACGUCUCACGGGCAAAGGCAGUGCGUGCCCUCAAGAACAACAACAACGACAUCGUCAAUGCCAUCAUGGAGCUGACGAUGUAGAAGACAAGCAGGCCAUGGAAACGAGGAGGUCAAACUGUUCAUUUGAUAUGUUUGUACAGUUUAUACCAGCGGAUGAAAUAAAGCUGUGGAUUGCAAAGACGGAAAAUUCUUUUGGAUUUUUUCCUCUUAAUGCAGUAAGGAUUGUGCCGUGUUGGAACUGGAAAUGCCCCAGUUGGUAUUUAUUGGUAAUAAAGUGACUGUUUUGCCCCCUUUUUGUGUACUUCAUUCAAAAGUCACACAUUAAAAGUGAAUCUUCAGAUCAUUUACAGAA